AUGGCUGCGGUAACUGAUGUCCAGUUUGAGCACUACCAUCCCCCAAACACGAUUGGGGUGCAUGAGACUACUCCAAGACUGUCAUGGAAGAUCAGUAAUUCCCCCUCCAACUUCAGGCAGUCCGGAUAUGAAGUCGAGCUGUCCGAACAUGAGGCUCUCAAGGGACAGCAACAUGUAGCGACGGCCAAAAUAGUUUCUUCACAGUCCACCUUAGUUCCCUGGCCUUUUGAGAAACCACUGCAAUCUCGCCAGAAGAUCUCGGUCCGAGUCAGAGCAUGGGAUGAGUCUCAUCAGACAACUCCUUGGAGCGAGCCAUCUUCCUUGGAAGUAGGACUUCUAGACAGACAAGAGUGGCAGUGCAAGCGUAUUGCAGCCCCUUGGGGCCCAGGCACUUCAGCACCUGAUCCCGAGCAACUCUUCCGUAAAGAGUUCUCAACCAGUGGCCCUGUGGCACAGGCUCGCCUUUUCAUCACAGCUCAAGGUGUCUAUGAGGCAGAGAUCAAUGGGCAAAGAGUUGGCGACUAUUUUCUCGCUCCGGGUUGGACCACGUAUGAGGGGAGGCUGCAGUAUCAAACGUACGAUGUCACUGCUCUCAUAUCCAAAGACGACCCGAGCAACUGUAUUGGAGUUCGAGUUGCGGAAGGCUGGUUCUCAGGCCGCAUUGGAUUCGCGGGUGGCCAUCGCAAUAUCUGGGGCCCUCAUACGGCCUUGAUCGCUCAGUUGGAACUCACGUUCGAAGACGGUCACACGGAAACAAUAGGUUCUGAUGGAUCCUGGCAUGUCACCAAGGGGCCCAUAAGACUUGCCGAGAUCUACGACGGAGAGAAAUACGACGCCACACUUGAGAUCCCUGGCUGGUCUUUGCCUAACAACAACAAAGGUUUUGGUGAUGCCCAAUGGGAUCCAGUUCUGGUGUUGCCUUUCUUGCCAGAGUCUACUGCGUUGACCUCUGGGUACGGAGAACCGGUCAGAAGAAUAGAAAUUGUCAAGCCCGUCGAGAAAAUCACGACACCAUCCGGCAAGACUAUUCUUGACUUUGGACAGAACCUGGUAGGAUACCUCAGGUUGACGAACAUCAAAGGCCCUCGCGGUCAUAAAAUCAUCCUUUCACACGCCGAGGUCCUGGAGAACGGCGAGCUGGGAACCCGGCCGCUAAGAAUCUGCAAGGCCGUCGACGAGUACACCCUCAAGGGUGCAGCUGAAGGCGAACAUUACGAACCUCGAUUUACCUUCCACGGGUUCAGAUACGCCCAAAUCGAGGGAUGGCAUGGCGAAGGUGACCUCAUGUCUUCGGUUGAAGCAGUUGUAUGCCACACGGACAUGAAGCCUGUUGGAUCUUUCUCAUGCUCAGACGAACUGCUCAACAAACUUUAUCAAAACAUAACCUGGGGUAUGCGCGGGAACUUCCUCUCGGUACCAACCGACUGUCCUCAGCGAGACGAGAGAUUGGGUUGGUCUGGUGACCUAGCGUUGUUCGCGCCGACAGCCUCGCUUAUAUACGACUGCUACGGAAUGCUGAAGAACUGGCUCAUCGACCUGGAGUACGACCAGGGUGUUCUUAAUGGCGUGCCUCCCAUGGUCAGUCCGAACUCGACGCUGCCGGACCCGAUCUGGUGCAGGCGAAUCCCAUGCGCAAUCUGGCAUGACGUGACGAUUCUUGGACCUUGGGCGUUGUACCAGGAGACUGGCGACAAGUCCAUCUUGGCUCAACAAUACAACAGCAUGUUGACUUGGAUGAAGGUGUUGCCGAGAAACAAGUCUGGGGCGACGCAUCUGUGGGAUCCCGUUGUAUUCCAGCUUGGGGACUGGCUUGAUCCAGCUGCUCCCCCAAAUGCGCCCUGGAAAUCACCUACGGACGCAAGGAUGGUCGCCAACAUGUUCCUCAUUCAAAGUCUCAACCUGAUUGCUCGUAUAUCGGGUAUUCUAGGUCAAGAUGCUAAGAAGGCUGAAUUCGAGCAAGAGGCAGAGGCUGCAAAGGCCCAGUUCCAUGAAGAAUAUGUCACUCAAAAUGGACGAGUUGUCUCGGACACGCAAGCAGCGUAUGCUUUGGCUAUUUGUCUGGACAUUCUAACUCCUUCUCAAAGAGAACGCGCGGGCACACGACUGGUUGAGUUGGUACGGAAGAACAACUUCAAAAUCGCAACUGGCUUUGCUGGCACGCCGUUCGUUUGCGAGGCGCUGUUCGCUACAGGAAACGUCCAGGUCGCAUACCGCAUGUUGUUGGAGAAGGAAUGCCCCUCCUGGUUGUAUCCGAUCACGAUGGGCGCGACGACUGUUUGGGAGAGGUGGGAUGCAAUGUUGCCGGACGGCAGUAUCAACCCGGGUGAAAUGACCUCGUUCAACCACUACGCUUUUGGAGCCAUUGCCAGGUUCCUCUUUGAAAGAGUUUCUGGUCUUCAGCGGCUCGAGCCAGGUUGGGCCAAGUGUCGGGUUGCACCAAUUAUCGGAGCGGAGUUCUCGCAUGCUUCUGCGUCUCAUCUCACUCGUUAUGGAAAUAUAGAUUGCUCGUGGCAAACGACAAAGAAUGAACAGGGAGGUGAGAUUCUGAAUCUCAAGGUUUCCCUCCCGUACGGUGUCACUGCGGAAAUCAUUCUACCUAACGAGGCAAGCGAGAAGACGGAAGUUACUGGACCAGGAGAAUGGACGUUCCAGACGGAGAUCAAGAGAGACUAUGAAUGGCCUGUUUUGCCACUGCCACCGAAGUCUUAG